AUGGCGGUAGCUACAGUAAUUUCGGGGAACAGAGUACAAAAAAGUGGAUUUUUGGAGGUUUUGGUGAGGGACCGAUGGCACAAAGUUUUGGCCAACUUGAACGAAGAAGCCCUAACGCUGAGUUGCGAGGAUCUGGGAGAGAAUGAGAACCUAAACGGCAUCACCAAUGGAUCUUACCGGAGCAACGCAACUCACCCGGAUCACACGAACAGUCCGAAAACUGCGGUGAGGACAGCUUUCACGGAUUUACAGGAGCAAGUGCCAGAGGCGAUCGCUAACAGAAAAAGAUGCGUGAAAGUAAUAAAGCAAGAGGUAGGGGGACUCGGCAUCAGCAUAAAAGGAGGAAAAGAGAAUAAAAUGCCGAUACUUAUUAGUAAGAUCUUCAAAGGUCUGGCUGCGGAUCAAACCCAAGCCUUGUAUGUCGGGGACGCGAUUCUGUCGGUGAACGGUGUGAACCUGCGAGACGCUACGCAUGACGAGGCGGUGCAGGGGCUGAAACGAGCCGGGAGAGAAGUGACGCUAGAAGGUAAGAACAGAACGGGACCAACUGUCGUUCGAUACAUUCUUUCUUGGUGAAGGAUGGGGGGCGGGUGGCAUCCUCAAACCUAUGUGCAGGCUGCCAGCGGAAUUACGCACAUUAAUAUGUGUGCUCUCAAACACAUGAGUGAUCAACCUCUGUCAACUGGGCACACGAACAUAAAUAUUUGUUUUUGCAAUUUUCUAAAUACUUUCAAUAUUAUUAAUUUCCAUGUCGGCUCUAUGCCUGGAAUGCCCUUUUCCUGGGCAAAUGAUGCCCAUUUCAAACUCUCCAAAAUAGUGUUUACAAUUCUAAAAACUGGCAAUAAUAGAUAUUAACUGAGAAAUGAUCUUAUGUACAUUACCAGUCAAAAGUUUGGACACACCUACUCAUUCCAGGGUUUUUCUUUAUUUUUUACUAUUUUCUUCUUCAUUGUAGAAUAAUAGUGAAGACAUCAAAACUAUGAAAUAACACAUAUGGAAUCAUGUAGUAACCAAAAAAGUGUUAAACAAAUUCUUCAAAGUAGCCACACUUUGCCUUGAUGACAGCUUUGCACACUCUCAACCAGCUUCAUGAGGUAGUCACCUGGAAUGCAUUUCAAUUAACAGGUGUGCCUUGUUAAAAGUUAAUUUGUGGAAUUUCUUUCCUUCUUAAGUUGUUUUCGGACAAGGUUGGGUUGGUAUACAGAAAAUAGCCCUAUUUGGUAAAAGACCAAGUCCAUAUUAUGGCAAGAACAGCUCAAUUAAGCAAAGAGAAAUGACAGUCCAUCAUUACUUCAAGACAUGAAGGUCAAUCUGGAACAUUUCAAGAACAUUGAAAGUUUCUUCAAGUGCAGUCGCAAAAACCAUCAAGCGCCAUGAUGAAACUGGCUCUGAUGAGGACCGCCACAAGAAAGGAAGACCCAGAGUUACCUCUGCUGCAGAGGAUAAGUUCAUUAGAGUUACCAGCCUCAGAAAUUGCAGCCCAAAUAAAUGCUUCACAGAGUUCAAGUAACAGACACAUCUCAACAUCAACUGUUCAGAGGAGACUGCGUGAAUCAGGCCUUCAUGGUCGAAUUGCUGCAAAGAAACCACUACUAAAGGACACCAAUAAGAAGAAGAGACUUGCUUGGGCCAAGAAACACGAGCAAUGGACUGGUGGAAAUCUGUCCUUGUCGAUGAGUCCAAAUUUGAGAUUUUUGGUUCAAACCGCUGUAUCUUUGUGAGAUGCAGAGUAGGGGAAUGGAUGAUCUCCGCAUGUGUGGUUCCCACCGUGAAGCACGGAGGAGGAGGUGUGAUGGUGCUUUGCUGGUGAAACUAUCAGUGAUUUAUUUAGAAUUCAAGGCACACUUAACCAGCAUGGCUACCACAGCAUUCUGCAGCGAUACGCCAUCCCAUCUGGUUUGCGCUUAGUGGGACUAUCAUUUAUUUUUCAACAGGACAAUGACCCAACACACCUCCAGGCUGUGUAAGGGCUAUUUUACCAAGAAGGAGAGUGAUGGAGUGCUGCAUCAGAUGACCUGGCCUCCACAAUCACCCGACCUCAACCCAAUUGAGAUGGUUUGGGAUGAGUUGGACCGCAGAGUGAAGGAAAAGCAGUCAACAAGUGCUCAGCAUAUUUAGUCAUAUGUGGGAACUCCUUCAAGACUAUUGGAAAAGCAUUCCAGGUGAAGCUGGUUGAGAGAAUGCCAAGAGUGUGCAAAGCUGUCAUCAAGGCAAAGGGUGGCUACUUUGAAGAAUCUAAAAUUUAAAAUAUAUUUUGAUUUGUUUUACACCUUUUUGGUUACUACAUGAUUCCAUAUGUGUUAUUUCAUAGUUUUGAUAUCUUCACUAUUAUUCUACAAUGUAGAACAUUGUAAAAAUAAAGAAAAACCCUUGAAUGAGUAGGUGUGUCCAAACUUUUGACUGGUACUGUAGUUUCUUGCAAUAGCCCUCUGUGAGAUUUUGUCAACGAACAAGGAAUGAGCAGGGUCAGCUAUACCAUAAGGACCUCUUAUUCAUGUUCUCAUUACAUGUAGUGCAACAAGACCAUUGGUCUGUAAAUCUGAUAGAUUUAAACAAACAAUAUUGGAAUCACCAUGGUAACAACCAACUGUCAGCUCCAUCUGCCUGAUAGAUUAUGAUAGAAUAUGAAUUUUGAAUGAAGUAAAACAUCAACUCCAUCACAGUGCUGAAAGAUCUGAUAGAAUGGUUAUGUUUUUAUUGGAUAUUUUUUAAAUGAAUCAUUUUCCAUAUUUUACAAACGUUUGUUUUGAACUUUUACUUUUAGAGGCAAAAAAUAUGUCUGUUUUGAGUAUUUGUCGUCAACUCCGUAAGUGGCUUGUCAACUCGACCACUGAUGGCUAACCCCAUUAAGAUCAAUUUAUUUUGUAAAUAGCAUUUAAUAGUGCUAUAAAACAGAACAAAAAUUAUUUUAAUUUAUCAAAAGGGUUUUAUUUAGUUCUCCAUAGACUUUAGUUACAUUUUCACCUACUAAAAUAAAAAUGUUCAAUAGGCCUAUCAGCAACUUCAACUGUUUACGUAAUAAGGAAAUAUGUCCUUGUUCCUUGUCAAUAAAUAUUUAGGUGACUCCCUCUCCAUGUUGCGAAAUCGAAUACUUUGAAUUUCUGAGGAAAUCUUUAUCAUCCAACCUUGGACACCAAUUGGGAAUCGUGCAUCACAGGACUGGGAGUGUAAUAUCAAGUUUUGCCAAAAACUAUACAGGCUUACACACAUUUCUCUGCAGUCCUAUGGGUGAAACACACAUGUCCAGAAGGAGAAUCAAAGAAACAACCUCUACCUCACUAUGUAACCAGACAACAUAAAACUGUCUGUUGCCUUGUAUAAACAGCCUGACCUUCCCCUGAGAGAGCAGGGUUAUUACACACACGCACACACACACACACACACACACACACACACACACACACACACACACACACACACACACACACACACACACACACACACACACACACACACACACACACACACACACACACACACACACACACACACACACACACAAACAGAGAGAGAGAGAGAGAGAGAGAGAUCAGGGUUAUUACAGUUCUAGCAGAAGGAAGCAGGAUCCCAGCAAGGCAGAGCAGACUUCUGCUGUAAUGAUAAGCUCAAAGACAGUACGGGGUUGGAGUCAGAGGAGGCUGGUGGGUGGAGCUAUAGGAGGACUGGCUCAUUGUAAUGGCUGUAAUGGGAUUAUUGGAACAGUAUCAAACAUAUGGAAACCAUAUGUUUGGCUCCAUUCCAUUUAUUCCAUUCCAGCCAUUACAAUGAGCCUUUCCUCCACAGCUCCUCCCACCAGCCUCCUCUGGUUGGAAUGCAUAGUCAGCUUCUCUCUCAGUUGAAGCCUCACUACACCAGAGGACUCCCAUGUUUCAGCUUCUUGCUCAGUUGAAGCCUCACUACACCAGAGGACUCCCAUGUUUCAGCUUCUCUCUCAGUUGAAGCCUCACUACACCAGAGGACUCACAUGUUUCAGCUUCUCUCUCAGUUGAAGCCUCACUACACCAGAGGACUCCCAUGUUUCAGCUUCUCUCUCAGUUGAAGCCUCACUACACCAGAGGACUCCCAUGUUUCAUCUUCUCUCUCAGUUGAAGCCUCACUACACCAGAGGACUCCCAUGUUUCAGCUUCUCUCUCAGUUGAAGCCUCACUACACCAGAGGACUUCAAUGUUUUAGCUUCUCUCUCAGUUGAAGCCUCACUACACCGGAGGACUCCCAUGUUUCAGCUUCUCUCUCAGUUGAAGCCUCACUACACCAGAGGACUCCCAUGUUUCAUCUUCUCUCUCAGUUGAAGCCUCACUACACCAGAGGACUCCCAUGUUUCAGCUUCUCUCUCAGUUGAAGCCUCACUACACCAGAGGACUCCCAUGUUUCAGCUUCUCUCUCAGUUGAAGCCUGACUACACCACUGCGGAGCAGAGCCAGUAGGGAAGGACAAACGGUUUGUUACAUUACAAUGAUAUCAUUUUCUAUAAAAGCUACAUUAUUUGUAUUGCACACAAACACAUGUACCCACACACACACACACACACACACGCAAUGUUAUAUCCUGUGUAAUACACUGGUUGUAAACAACCGUGCUAGUCUCCAGUAACUCAGUGACCUCUCAUUGAGCCUCUACUGUCUACUGCUUGGCUGUCAUCACAUUCACCUCUGUGUGUGUGUGUGUGUGUGUGUGUGUGUGUGUGUGUGUUAUCAGCAGGCAGUCUAGACUACAACGCUCUCUGCAAGUUGACUGGUUGUUGUGUCUUCAGAGAAGCUCUCAUCACUACACCAGCUGUUAGUAGUAGUGAGGCCACACACACACACACACACACACACACACACACACACACACACACACACACACACACACACACACACACACACACACACACACACACACACACACAAGCUAUGAUGACAGAGUGAAUCAUGCCAUCUACUCAUAGCCUAGUACAGUUUAGAAUACAGUUUUCUCAACACUCCUAUCCACUCUGUGAAUUUACUGAUUGAUUAAUUUACUUUGACGUUUCCUGAAUGAAUUAUUUGAACAUCCUCCUUUAACUUGUUUCCAUAAGCUACAGUACAGACUCCCCUACUGUUUGUUCUUAUAGAUUACGUUCAGGCUAAGUUAUGUUAUGAACACACUCACUCUCACUGUGAUAUUGUCUAAUAUUUCUGCUAAAGUUCAUACAAACUGUAGUCCAUUUAACCGGGCAUUCAAGUACCUGUUCUUGCUUUGAUAACAUCGUACAUUUCAGGCGGCACAGGGAAAACGAUACCUUGUAGACCUCUCUGUAUUCUCUAAAAGGUAUUUUGUUCUGUAGCAGUAUCUACCUGUCCAUUCAGUGGAGGUAAAAAGAGCUCCAUUCUUAUUCCGUAAUUAAAGUCUCAUAAAAGGGCCCUUUUUGUUUCCUGGCCGUGUAAUUCAUCCAGAAGUUACUCACGCCUAUUAGCCAUUUUCUUCUCUGAGCUCAAUAAGAGCAGCUAACAAAGCUCCCCAUUCUGUACCUAUGUAAUGAAUGUAACUAGCUCUAAUGGCUGUGUCUAGUUAACAGGGUGGCAACACAAAGACUAGGUUAUUAUUACACCGGACAAUAGGGCAGAUAGAUUCAACGUUAUUUCAGAAUUCAGAGGGAUGCUGGCUAUUAUAAUGGCUUCCAUUAUAUGGAUAAUAACUGAAGAAAUGAAUUGCACCUAACCAUUAGGCUGAGAUUCUCUAAAUUAAUUGGGGUUUCUACCAGAUGUGUUUCUAUGGUGACAUUUUUUCAUUCAGAAAGGUCAUUCGGCCUGUUUCUAUGAGCAAGCAGUUCAGCAAGCAGUUCAUAGGACAGAGUUCAUAGGCCGGAGUAAAGACACACUGCCCAAACCAUGGGCUCCCGAGUGGCGCAGGGGUCUAAGGCACUGCAUCUCAGUGCUAGAGGCGUCACUACAGACCAUGGUUUGAUUCCAGGCUGUAUCACAAUCUGGUCGUGAUUGGGAGUCCCAUAGGGCGGCGCACAAUUGGCCUAGCGUCGUCCGGGUUUGGCCAGCUUAGGCUGUCAUUGUAAAUAAGAAUUUGUUCUUAACUGACUUGCCUAGUUAAAUAAAUAAAAAACAACAUGCAUGUGGUCGAUGAGUAAGAACGCGGCCAAACCAUGAUACAUUAUCCUCUCAUGCUAUAUUUUGCGAAUACAUUAAUUAUCAAAAAGGAAAAUCUUGCUAGUUAAUUAUUCAGAUUCAGUUUGAGCUCAUGUCUUUUGUAGCAAAAACAAUCCCCACAGGAAGUACAGACUCCCGAGGCAUAGCAGUAAUCAUAAACAUAUGAACCCUGCCUGCUUUUAUUUUCCCCUCUACUAAAAUGGAACAUUUCUAUUUUGAAACAGAGUUGAGAACACACAGGUAUACUGUAGAUUCUAGUGAUUCUGAUCACUAGAGAACUUUUCAUCAUACUUACACGUCACUGUCAUUGACUCAUUCAGUUUUCAGGAUAUUGGUUUAGUUGAGUUUCUCAAUGUGUUGACACACAGACACAGGUGUGUUAUCUUAUUGCAAAGCUGCUUUAAGUAGUGGUGGAGAAGCGGAGAAGCAGCCACCACAGUGACGUUAGUGACAGUAAAGAAAAUAGUCAAACCAGGAAGGAAAAAGCAGUGAAAGAGGGAAAGGUAAACGAGAGAGGAAUACUCAGAGUUCUGUGUAUGACCUCACGCUCAAAGCAUCCCGCUGGCGCCUGAACUAAUGACACCAGAACUACAACAAAAGCAUGACGAUGAGAUGAAAGGGGUUCAGCAAGGAUUCCCCGUAAGAUUACUUCAUACCCUGCAGUUGCAGAGGUAGGCCUAUUUUCUUUGUCAGAUCUGUCUGUCAGCUUCUAUGCAUAAUGAUAGUCUUAAACUUCUGUUAGAUAUUGAUACCUUUCUUUACCUGUCUUACUUAUUCUCCUUGGUUCUUUAAAGAACAGGGCCUGUACUCGUGUUUCAGUGGAGGCUGCUGAGGGGAGGACGGCUCAUAAUAAUGUCCGGAACGGAGUUGAUGGAAUGGCAUCAAACACAUGGAAACCAUGUGUUUGAUGUAUUUGAUACCAUUACUCUAAUCCCGCUCCAGUCGUUACCACGAGCCCGUCCUCCCCAAUUAAGGUGCCACCAACCUACUGUGUCGUGUUUGUUCACCUUUGGAGUACAUCUUUGUCAUAUUAUCCUCUGAAACCUUCCCUUGGAUUGAUGUAAUACGAACAGUGAUAACCAGAUCUGUUUGUCAGCUGAUAUGUUUAGAGCUCCAUAGACCUAUUAUAUAUAAGAUAUUGCCACUUCUCCUUAGACAUUGAUGUAAUGCAGUCAGACAGAUCACUGUUGGUGUAAGCGGAUACCUGCUUUUUGCACUGAGUAAAUGGUUGACAUCAGUGUUAUUCACAUGGCCCUGUAAUUUAAAAAAGGUCUCCAUACAGUCUGAUACAGUGUGUUUAUAGCAGGGUAAUACUAGCUAUGUUAUUCAUGUCUACUGUGACUCGUGAUCUAUGCUGUGGAUUUAACGUGAUUCCCAGAUUGUGUGUAUGAAACUGUGAAGCCACCAAACGACCAAUGAAUCCCAUGUCCCAGAGCUGCGGUCUAAAGUAGAAUUAGGUCUUGUGUGGUAUGGAAUACUUCUAAUUGCUCUAAGCUCUCAGCUGUUGGCCAGGUUCACAUCCACAGUUCGGAGCGAUCCAUCUAAUGCUCUCAAACAAUGCCGACCAACGUUUUCCCAUGGAGGUGUAAUAUCUUUGAGUUCACAGAAAGUGUUAAACUGGGUACAAGGUAUAAUGAAUGGAUAUUACAGAAUGGAUUAACACUUAUAAUAGAACUGGACCACUAAUAGAACUGGACCAUUAAUAUAACUGGACCACUAAUAUAACUGGACCACUAAUAUAACUGGACCACUAAUAGAACUGGACCAUUAAUAGAACUGGACCACUAAUAGAACUGGACCACUAAUAGAACUGGACCACUAAUAGAACUGGACCACUAAUAGAACUGGACCACUAAUAGAAAUGGACCACUACCGGCCUGGUACACAUUGUGGGGUUACAGCAGGGUCACUUUAUGAGUCUGCAUGUCAAUCUCCUCUAUAAGAUACUAGCUAGCUCUACUGAAGUUACAUUGGCAAGGACUCUUAGCACUAUCCUCACCAAAAUGACAGCAGUAAAUGCAUGACCUCUCUACCAAUGAAAGCGUAGUAAAUCAUUACUUUCUCUUGUUGGUCCAGGGAAGUACAUGCGGGAAGCAACCCCCUAAACAGGUUGUGAAAAAGCUUACUGUCACGACUUCCUCUGAAGCUGCCUCCUCUUCUUGUUCGGGCAGGCUUCGGUGUUCGUCGUCACCGGCCUUCUAGCCACUGCCGCUCCUCAUCUCAUCAUUCCAUUUGUUUUGUCUUGUUUAUUACACACACCUGGUUCAUAUCCCCUCAUCAGUACCUGUAUAAGUAUUCCCUCUGCCCCCCAUGUCUUUGUGUGUGAUUGUUUCAUGUGGAGGUGAUGAUAGCUCAGUGGAGCUUUAUGUAUUGUAUCACUGGGUUAUUCACCCGUGUGUUUUGUUUUCUCCAGUGUGCCAUUAUAACGCAAUGUAGUGUUUUACUCAUUGCUGCGAACCGCUGUAUUGGCUGAAUAAACCAUUUAUUAUGUGAUUCUCCCUCCUGCGUCUGACUUCGUCCAAAUCACCCACUACAGAAUCACACACCCAACAGCAUGGAGUCAGCAGGAGCGGCGAAUGUGCCUGGAGUCGUGGAGCGGGUCCGGGGGCAUUCCAACAUGUUAGCCAGUUUGGGCGAAGCGAUGGAUCGGGUUCUCCAGGUCGUCCAUCGCCUGGAGAGAAGAGGACCCGACCCUGCGGAACCAGCUGAGCGACCGGAUCAUUACUUUCUCUUGUUGGUCCAGUGAAGGACAUGCGGGAAGCCACCCCCUAAACAGGUUGUGAAAAAGCUUACUCAUAAUUGUCUUGUCUCUCAUAUUCUAGUGAAGUACAUGCGGGAAGCCACCCCCUAUGUGAAGAAGGGUUCUCCGGUGUCAGAGAUAGGCUGGGAGACGCCACCACCGGAGUCCCCGAGGCUGGGUAGCCCCCACUCUGACGUCCCCCUCACCCCCACCAUGUCCCUACAGGGGGACAGGAGGUACAUCCCCUUAAAGAUGUGUUACAUCACCAGGAGCAUGACUACUCCAGACCCUGAAAACAGGUAAAGGCUCCAGCAUCAUUCUGCAUUACUAUAAUUCAGUCUUUCUCUGUAUGUUAUUUUCCACAGGGGCAUAACGGCAGAGCUAGGUGGGGAAACACAAUUAUAAUUGAUUGGAUUUAUAUUGCUAGUGUUUUGCCAGAUACAGUGCCUUCAGAAAGUAUUCAUACCCCUUGACUUAUUUGACAUUUUGUUGUGUUACAGCCUGAAUUCAAAAUGGAUUCAAUUGAUUUUUUCCCCACCCCAUCUACACACAAUACCACAUAAUGACAAAGUGAAGACAUGUUUUUAGCAAAUAUAUUGAAAAUGAAUUACAGAAAUAUCUAAUUUACAUCUGUAAGUCUCUAAGAGCUGUGUACACCAGGAUUGUACAAUAUUUGCACAUUAUUCUUUUUUAAAGUCUUCAAGCUCUGUCAAAUUGGUUGUUGAUCAUUGCUAGAUAGCCAUUUUCAAGUCUUGUUAUAUAUCUUCAAGUGUAUUUAAGUCAAAACUGUAACUAGGCCACUCAGGAACAUUCACUGUCUUCUUGGUAAGCAACUCCAGUGUAUAUUUGGCCUUGUGUUUUAGGUUAUUGUCCUGCUGAAAGGUGAAUUUGUCUCCCAGUGUCUGUUGGAAAGCAGACUGAACCAGGUUUUCCUCUAGAUAUGCCUGCUUAGCUCUAUUCCGAUGACAAGCAUACCUAUAACAGCAGCCACCACCAUGCUUGAAAAUAUGUAGAGUGGUACCCAUUAAUGUGUUGUGUUGGAUUUGCCCCAAACAUAAAGCUUUGUAUUCAGGACAUAAAGUGAAUUUCUUUGCCAUAUUUUUGGCUGUUUUACUUUAGUGCAUUAUUGCAAACAGGAUGCAUGUUUUGGAAUAUUUUUAUUCUGUACAGGCUUCCUUCUUUUCACGCUGUCAUUUAGGUUAGUAUUGUGGAGUAGCUACAAUGUUGUUGAUCCAUCCUCAGUUUCCUCCUAUCACAGCUAUUAAAUUAUGUAACUGUUUUAAAGUCACCAUUGGCCUUAUGGUGAAAUCCCUGACCGGUUUCCUUCAUCUCCGGCAACUGAGUUAGGAAGGAUGUCUGUAUCUUUGUAGUGACUGGGUGUGUUGAUACACCAUACAAAGUGUCAUUAAUAACUUCUCCAUGCUCAAAGGGAUAUUCAAUGUGUGCUUUUUAAAAUUGUUUUGCGCAUCUACCAAUAGGUGCCCUUCUUUGCGAGGCAUUGGAAAACCUCCUUGGUCUUUGUGGUUGAAUCUAGUGUUUGAAAUUCGACUGAGAGACCUUACAGAUAAUUGUGUGUGGGUUACAGAGAUGAGGUAGUCGUUCAAAAAGCAUCUUAAACACUAUUAUUGCACACAGUGAGUCCAUGCAACUUAUUAUGUGACUUGUUAAGCACAUUUUUACUCCUGAACAUAUUUAGGCUUGCCAUAACAAAGGGGUUGAAUACUUAUUGACUCAAGACAUUUCAGCUUUACAUUUUCUAAAUAAUUUGUAAAAAUGUCUAAAAACAUAAUUCCACUUUGAUAUUAUGGGGUAUUGUGUGUAGGCCAGUGACACAAAAUAUCAAUUUAAUCAAUUUUGAAUAAAGGCUGUAACACAACAAAAUGUGGAAAAAGACAAGGGGUGUGAGAGGACUUUAUGUUGGCACUGUAGUAAAAGCAACAUCUUACAUUGUGAGGGGUGAGGGACUCAUCUCAUCCACCCCCAAUGUGUCUCCCACUAUUUGUUUUUCCUGGAACAGUGUAACAUGGAUGGUCGUCUCUGUGACAGUCAGAAUUGAUGAACUGCUACAGUUCUGCUACAGUAACUCAACUAUCUGAGUGUUCAGAGUUUAAGAGAUGCUUAACUUAAUCAACCAAUGUAGAGCAACGGUUCCUAUCCUACACACACAGCUUACCUUAUGUCCUCAGCUUUACCUUUACUUUAGGGAUCAAUUGAUCAUGCUCACCUUGUCUUUAGAUAGGCCUGGUCUUUAUACAGCCAUUUAGAUAGGCCUGGUCUUUGUACAGUCAUUUAAAUAUGCGUGGUCUUUAUACAGCCAUUUAGAUUUGCCUGGUCUUUAUACAGUCAUUUAGAUAUGCCUGAUCUUUAUACAGUCAUUUACAUAGGCCUGGUUUUUAUACAGUCAUUUAGAUAUGCCUGGUCUUUAUACAGUCAUUUAGAUAUGCCUGGUCUUUGUACAGUCAUUUAAAUAUGCGUGGUCUUUAUACAGCCAUUUAGAUUUGCCUGGUCUUUAUACAGUCAUUUAGAUAUGCCUGAUCUUUAUACAGUCAUUUACAUAGGCCUGGUUUUUAUACAGUCAUUUAGAUAUGCCUGGUCUUUAUACAGUCAUUUAGAUAUGCCUGGUCUUUGUACAGUCAUUUAGAUAUGCCUGGUCUUUAUACAGUCAUUUAGAUAUGCCUGGUCUUUAUACAGUCAUUUAGAUAUGCCUGGUCUUUGUACAGUCAUUUAGAUAUGCCUGGUCUUUAUACAGUCAUUUAGAUAUGCCUGGUAUUUAUACAGUCAUUUAGAUAUGACACACAAACAAUAUCACUCAAUACAAACAAAUGCUAGGUUGUGAUAGUGUGUUAGAUGAACCUCUGUUUUUAAUGAUUUACUUCUGAGGUGUCUUGGGACUGACUGGGUAAAACAUUCACUACUUUGAUGGUUAUUGUCAUGUUUGUUACUGUCGUUCUACUGCAACACUGAGAACAGAGGUAAGACCUUUGUGCUGUGGCAUAGAAAUAUAAUUACUAGAAGGGGAAAGGACCUCAGAGCCAUGGCAAUUUGACUAGAAAGGGAAUUGUCCCGCCGUUCUAUUAAUUCUAUGUCUAUGCUCUGUGGUCUGUGAGAUUAACAACACUAUGAACAGGAAAUCAGUCACUGAGGGGUUAGACCACAACUAAGCUACUUAAUGAAGAGCCAAAUACUGCUCACAUUACUUUUACUGGAGCCAUACAGUGCAUUCAGAAAGUAUUCAGACCCCUUUUUUCCACAUUUUGUUACGUUACAGCCUUAUUCUAAAAUGGAUUAUAUACAUUUUUGGAUGGGGAGCGUCGCUGCACAGCUGUUUUUAGGUCUCUCCAGAGAUGUAAAUCACUAAAAACCGAGGUUAAUCUAACACACUAACGAAGCCUAGCAUUUGUUUGUAGUGUGUGAUAUUUACUGGAGUCACUACGAUGUUUUGGCCCUCUAUUAAGUACUUUAAUCGUUUCAGCACGUUGCUCACAACAACAGGCUAUCCUUCAGUUACUUUCGAGUUACUUACUGGAAGCUACCUGCUACCACAUAAACACACACAUGCUGGUAUCUGAGUUUCUCUUGACGUGUGCUGCAGGCUUGUUGUAGCUGACUGGUAGAGAGGAGCAGAGCUUUCGUCACUAGUGGAAAUUUAAACAGCUGUUACGUGAGAGACGUCCACACUACCCAGCCAGGAGAGGAGAGUUUCCUCCCUCCUCAGACAGAUUUACUGCAUAUUUCUCUCUCUCUCUCGCUCUUCUCCCCCCCCCCCCCCCCCCCCCCCCCCCCAAGUCUGUGUUUGAUGUGGAGACCUCUCCUGUUUAUUCUAGGGCUGUAAAUAGACUAGGCUUAAUAUUGACUGAUUUAGUAUUAACUUAGGAUGUCAUAGAGAGUAAAACAGGAUGCUAAAGUGUAACAAAUGUAAAUACACAAACAUGGUAUUUUUAGGAUUCAGCCAGGAGAGUUUUUGCAUGCCUAUUUUAGCUUGAGAUAUUUGCCUUUUCCGGGCAGUUUUUUUCUGGAGUAGAAAGCACUUUGUCAGUGGAAAACGAACAGGCAGACAGACCAUCAUUGACCAGGAAAGGCAUUGAAACGUUCGACACACAGUGAGUCCGCUUUCUAAAUCUGGCCUAGGCUUCUUUAACGGCCCUGUAGUUAGUGUCUCAUGUUGGAGAGAUGACCUGGCUGGACGUGGAUGGGCCUUGAACGGGGAGAACUCACUUCGGUUCAAAUACUAUUUGAAAUCUUUCAAAUACUUUAGAUGUGCUUGAUUGAGCUUGUAAGUGGAAUGGAACCAAAAGAAUAGUUGCAAAACUGCAAAGCCCACCCAUCUGGCACUCCAGGCAGACUAAAGCAAACGCUCAAAGUAUAUGAAAUGAUUCCGAAUAGUAUUUGAACCCAACAGGUCUUGGGGAGAGCUUGUGCCUCUUUCCAGGAACCUCUCUGUCCGUCUGUCUCUAACUAAUGAAAACACUUCAGCUCCCUCCAUAUGACAUCUGGCUUCUGUUUCUCCUCAAUCAAGUCUCUGGUUUCUAUUUUGAACUGCGGUGGGGGACUGGGGAGUGGGGGACUGGGGAGAGGGAGCACCUGCAGUUGAUCUAGUGGUUUGUGAAAUCAUGAUAACAGGGUCUCCCACUGUCUCUGAUUAAUGACAGGUAGAUUUAUCCACAAUGGUCAUUGUUGUUAGCUGAAUGUAUUUAUAAUAUACUUUGCUAAUGUUUCCAAUACAAAAGGCUUGAAAUUUACUGCACAUCCCACAAGAGACAAACCGAACCAUAUCAACCCAUGAUGAGUAAGCAGGUCUGGAAAUACAUACCCACUGUACACAGUGCUAGGUACAUCAAAGGAAAUGUUUAUCUGAGCCAGAAAAGAAGAAGAGACACUGUAUGAAACAGUCUUUAGUGGUGCUUGGUAUUUCCAUUCACUGAGGACAUCAUCAAGCACACAGGGACCACCUUCCUUUCCCUUGAAAGGGAAGUAGCCUUUGUUGAACUGAAUAAGCUUUUUCUCAUGUCCACUGAAAGCUGUGCUAGUAUGCUACUAUGGGACCUAUCACAAAACAAAUUCACAGCUUUUUCAAUGUCUUUCUGUCUGUUUGUGUGUUCUCCAGGCAGUUGGAGCUGCACUCUCCGGAUGCCAAGCAUACGGUGGUGUUACGGUGUAAAGACACAGCCUCGGCCCAGGCCUGGUUCGAGGUCAUGCAGUCGGCGACCUCUAACCUCAUCAACAAGGUCAUCACAGAGGUCAAAGAGCACACAGGAAGAACAGGGAUCGCAGGGAGCAGAGAGAUCAGACACCUGGGCUGGCUGGCUGAGAAGGUAGGAGCUACUUUAAUCAGAUGUAUAAUAUGCAUUCACAGCCCACCUUUUGAUAAUAACUCAUAUGUGAUUUUUGUGUGGCAGUUAUACGAUGGUGAGCCAAGCACUCUUGGAACCUCAUAUAGCUGAUGCAAUAGUUUCCAACAGGUUUUCCCCCUUCUGGUCCUCCUGUAAAUCCUCUUUCAUCACUCUCUCAUUAGUCAGGGACUGCCUGGCAGAGAGAGAGCGAGACGGCUAAUACUGAGAAGACUAUAGCCCUGUACUUUGGGCAGUCAGUCAGCUAGUCAGUCAGUCAGUCAGUCAGUCAGUCUGCCAAGCCAAGCCAGAGGAUGCUUUCCAGGCUUCUUAAUGAGUUCCUCUUUUAUUACUGCCUGCCUGCCUUAUUGUGAGUCCCAAAUGGUACCCUAUUGCACUAUACAGGGAAUAUGGUGUCAUUUGAGACACAGUUUCUGGAGUCUGUGAAUAAUUAUAAGGGCCCAAAGCCUUCCAGCAUGUGUGGAGUGGAGUGGUCUGCCUUGGCUUUGCCUGCCGUCCAAGUUCCUUUGCACAACGUCAACGAGCAAGGCUUUCCUUUCAACAAGGGCUCAUUUGUGGCUAUUCUGCCAUCGCUGACGCACUCAGGAGUCUGAGUCUCUACUUAGCUGUGUGAUGGUCAACAGACUACAGUGCAGACCCUCUGGAGUUCAGCAUCAAAUCAAAUCAAAUUUCAUUGGUCACAUGCGCCGAUACAACAGGUGCAGACAUUACAGUGAAAUGCUUACUUACAGCCCUUAACCAACAGUGCAUUUAUUUUUAACAAAAAAAGUAAAAAUAAAACAACAACAAAAAAAGUGUUGAGAAAAAAAGAGCAGAAGUAAAAUAAAAUAACAGCUAAUGUGAUCAGAUAUCGGAGAGGAGAGGAGGGGAGAGGAAGAGGAGGAGAGGAGAGGGAGAGGAGGAGGAGAGGAAAGGAGAGGAGAUGGAGGGAGUAGAUCCUUGUUUUACAGCCUUGUUGAGGUUGCUCUGUGCAACAUUCCUGAGCCUGGCUUUAACCACAGACUUUAUAUUCAUUCUCAUACUAUAGCCAAUUAUACCGUGGCAGGGUUUUAAAUUGAAUGAUUGUUACACACUAACUAUGUGGUUGUGUAGUCUUUAGUUAGAUCUAAGUUUGUAAGCCUGUGUAUAUCGUGUUUUAAUAUGGUUACUUUGCAACAUGUGUUUGUAAUGUUCUACGAUUGACCUAUGGCCACCAGAAUCCUGUGUUCUCAUAACUAGCUGAGGACUUCAUAGUGAGACAAGAGGCUUAUGGUUAUGAGGAUUGUGCUGUUGUAAAGCUUUCAUAAUGAGGAUUGUGCUGUAGCAAAACUUUCUUAAUGAGGAUUGUGCUGUAACUUUCAUAAUGAGGAUUGGGCAGUAACUAAGCUUCCAUAAUGAGGAUUGGGCAGUAACUAAGCUUUCAUAAUGUGGAUUGUGCUGUAACUAAGCUUUCAUCAUGAGGAUUGGGCUGCACCUUUCAUAAUGAGGAUUGUGCUGUAACUUUCAUCAUGAGGAUUGUGCUGCACCUUUCAUAAUGAGGAUUGUGCUGUAACUUUCAUCAUGAGGAUUGUGCUGCAACUUUCAUAAUGAGGAUUGUGCUGUAACUUUCAUAAUGAGGAUUGUGCUGCAACUUUCAUAAUGAGGAUUGUGCUGUUACUUUCAUAAUGAGGAUUGUGCUGUAACUUUCAUAAUGAGGAUUGUGCUGUAACUUUCAUCAUGAGGAUUGUGCUGUAACUUUCAUAAUGAGGAUUGUGCUGUAGCUAAGCUUUCAUAAUGAGGAUUGGGCAGUAAUUAAGCUUUCAUAAUGAGGAUUGGGCAGUAACUAAGCUUUCAUAAUGUGGAUUGUGCUGUAACUAAGCUUGCAUCAUGAGGAUUGGGCUGUACCUUUCAUAAUGAAGAUUGUGCUGCAACUUUCAUAAUGAAGACUGUGCUGUAACUUUCAUAAUGAGGAUUGUGCUGUAACUAAGCUUUCAUCAUGAGGAUUGUGCUGUAACUAAGCUUUCAUCAUGAGGAUUGGGCUGUACCUUUCAUAAUGAAGAUUGUGCUGCAACUUUCAUCAUGAGGAUUGUUCUGUAACUUUCAUAAUGAAGAUUGUGCUGUAACUUUCAUCAUGAGGAUUGUGCUGCAACUUUCAUAAUGAGGAUUGUGCUGUAACUAUCAUAAUGAGGAUUGUGCUGCAACUUUCAUAAUGAGGAUUGUGCUGUAACUUUCAUCAUGAGGAUUGUGCUGUAACUUUCAUAAUAAGGAUUGUGCUGUAACUAAGCUUUCAUCGUGAGGAUUGGGCUGUAACUUUCAUAAUGAGGAUUGUGCUGUAACUUUCAUAAUGAGGAUUGUGCUGUAACUAAUCAUUCAUAAUGAGGAUUGUGCUGUAACUAAGCUUUCAUCAUGAGGAUUGGGCUGUACCUUUCAUAAUGAGGAUUGUGCUGUAACUUUCAUAAUGAGGAUUGUGCUGUAAAUUUCAUAAUGAGGAUUGUGCUGUAACUUUCAUAAUGAGGAUUGUGCUGUAACUUUCAUAAUGAGGAUUGUGCUGUAACUUUCAUAAUGAGGAUUGUGCUGUUACUUUCAUAAUGAGAAUUGUGCUGUAACUUUCAUAAUGAGGAUUGUGUUGUAACUUUCAUCAUGAGGAUUGUGCUGUAACUUUCAUCAUGAGGAUUGUGCUUUAACUUUCAUAAUGAGGAUUUAGCUGUAACUAAGCUUUCAUAAUAAGGAUUGUGCUGUAACUAAGCUUUCAUCAUGAGGAUUGGGCUGUACCUUUCAUAAUGAGGAUUGUGCUGUAACUUUCAUAAUGAGGAGUGUGCUGUAACUUUCAUCAUGAGGAUUGUGCUGUAACUUUCAUCAUGAGGAUUGUGCUGUAACUUUCAUCAUGAGGAUUGUGCUGCAACUUUCAUAAUAAGGAUUUUGCUGUAACUAAGCUUUCAUAAUAAGAAUUGUGCUGUAACUAAGCUUUCAUCAUGAGGAUUGGACUGUACCUUUCAUAAUGAGGAUUGUGCUGUAACUUUCAUAAUGAGGAUUGUGCUGUAACUAAUCAUUCAUAAUGAGGAUUGUGCUGUAACUAAGCUUUCACAAUGAGGAUUGUGCUGUAACUAAGCUUUCAUAAUGAGGAUUGUGCUGUAACUUUCAUAAUGAGGAUUGUGCUGUAACUUUCAUAAUGAGGAUUGUGCUAUUACUUUCAUAAUGAGGAUUGUGCUGUAACUUUCAUAAUGAGGAUUGUUAUGCUUUAUUAUGUUAUGCAAGCCGGUGUUGUAUUGGGUGGCUGGGAGUUGAGAGUUUAUCUACAGGCCAAGAUUAAUAAACUGUAUAAAGUGCCUUCCUGUGAAAAUUAACCAAGAUAUUGUUACUAAGACUUAGUUACAUAGAAAAAAAUGAUGAGGACAUUCAAGGUUGUGUCUUUGCUGUUUGUAGAAGUACAUGCUUAUCACUCUUUUGCUAAGUUGUAUUUUCUAGUCCAUAACAUUCCCUCCAUUGCACCAGUAACCCACAUGCAAAUGACAAGAGUAGCCUGUCACGCUGUGUGGUGUGUUUUCUCCCAGACAGAGAAUAUUCUAGCAUGGUGUGGUGUGUUUUCUCCCAGACAGAGAAUAUUCUAGCAUGGUGUGGUGUGUUUUUUCCCAGACAGAGAAUAUUCUAACGUGGUGUGUUUUCUCCCAGACAGAAAAUAUUCUAACAUGGUGUGGUGUGGGUUUUUUUCCACCCCGAGAAUUUCUACAUGAUGUGUGGGUUUUUUUUCUCCCCGACAGGGGAAUAUUUUAACAUGGUGUGGUGUGUUUUCUCCCAGACAAAGAAUAUUCUAACAUGGUGUGUGUGGUGUGUUUUCUCCCAGACAGAGAAUAUUCUAACAUGGUGUGUGUGGUGUGUUUUCUCCCAGACAGAGAAUAUUCUAACAUGGUGUGGUGUGUUUUCUCCCAGACAAAGAAUAUUCAACAGGGUGUGUGUGGUGUGUUUUCCCCGACAGAGGGAAUAUUCUAACAGGUGUUGUGGUGGUUUUCUCCAGACAGAGAAUAUCUAAAUGGUGUGGUGGUGUUUUCUUCCCCGCAGAAUAUUCUAACGUGUGUGUGUUUUCUCCCCCCAGAAACUAUUCUAACACGGUGUGUGUUUUUUCCAGACAGAGAAUAAACAUGGUGGUGUGGUGUGUGAGACGAGAAAAAACAUGGUUUUGGGGUCUUUCCACGGAUAACAUCCUGCCCCCGACAAAUACCCAACGUUAGCCCAGGUAGGGACACAACAUUUUUCUUUGGCACAGGUAGCUAAACAUGUUUCUCCUACAGUCACGGGUAGCUCAAACAAACCCUCUUUCUCCAUGGCACAUGGUAAGCCACACACCCUUCUCUCACAGUCCAGGUAAGGCGCACCCGCCUGACAUACAGGGGGGUAGCUCACACCCUUCUCUUUUGCACAUGGUAAGCUACACCACCCUCUUCUUAUUAGUCACAUGGUAAGCUAACACACACCCUCUCCUCUAUUAGUCACUGGUAAGCUACACACACCCUCUCUUAUAGUCACAUGGUAAGCUACACACACCCUCUCUCUAAGUCACAUGGUAAGCUACACACACCCUCUCUCUAUUAGUCACAUGGUAAGCUACACACCCCUCUCUCUACUAGUCACAUGGUAGACACCCACAAACCCCCUCUCUACUAGUCACAUGGUAAGCUACACACACCAUCUCUCUAUAGUCACAUGGUAAGCUACACAUACCCUCUCUCUACUAGUCACAUGGUAAGCUACACACACCCUCUCUCUAUUAGUCACAUGGUAAGCUACACACACCCUCUCUCUACUAGUCACAUGGUAAGCUACACACACCCUCUCUCUACUAGUCACAUGGUAAGCUACACAUACCCUCUCUCUACUAGUCACAUGGUAAGCUACACACACCCUCUCUCUACUAGUCUCAAGAAAAAUAGCUGCUGCUAUCCACACAGUAAGCAAAAGACAGUCUUCCUGCUAGUCAAAUAGCAAAACACAUUAUCUUAGCCACAUGGUUAGUAGCAUCCACCCUGAACAACCCAACCAUGGCCACAUGGUAGUCCUCCACUACUACAAACACACCUACCCUCUAUUGGCCAAGCAAUAAUCACAACACCCCUACCCUCUAUUGGCCAAGCAAUAAUCAAAACACACCUACCCUCUAUUGGCCAAGCAAUAAUCAAAACACACCUACCUCUAUUGGCCAAGCAAUAAUCAAAACACACCUACCCUCUAUUGGCCAAGCAAUAAUCAAAACACACCUACCCUCUAUUGGCCAAGCAAUAAUCAAAACACACCUACCCUCUAUUGGCCAAGCAAUAAUCAAAACACACCUACCCUCUAUUGGCCAAGCAAUAAUCAAAACACACCUACCCUCUAUUGGCCAACCAAUAAUCAAAACAUACCUACCCUUUGCUAGCCUAAUGGUGCAGCACACCUGAAAGAUGAGGUGGCACUGGAGGACACAUCCACAACAUGUUUCCAUUACUGAACACAGCCAAUAACUCUGUCUUUCACUGAAAGUUGCAUUGCAGUUACUAUUUGUCAUGUUAUCAAUUAUUACACCUUUAUGUCCUUGAUGUGAAGAGGGUUAUAUGGUUACAGCACUGACUAGCUAGUCUCUCUCAACAGCAGGCACUUAGAAUAUAACAGAAUCUGUGUCUGUUUGUAGGCUGGUGCACUCUGGUCCCGACCGAGGCUCUCCCCAGCCGGGCGUGGAGCUGUCCUUCGCCACACGUACAGGCACCAGACUGGGCAUUGAGGCCCACCUGUUCAGAGCUGAGACCUGUAAGGACCUUUCACUGUGGACCAGGCACAUCGUUACGGGCUGUCACUCCUCUGCCCAGAUGAUCAAAGAAGUCACCACCAGUGAGUACCACUACACCGACCCUGCUAGAAGACUGUGUGAGCCCGCUGAGCUAAAGCCUUGAUCAACCAAGUCACCACCAGUGAGCCUAGGUAGGCAUUAGCUUGGGGAGUAACUCAAAUCUUCAAUUCUCUGGCAAGGUUACUUAUCAUGUUAGUGUGGUUGACAAAGCCAUCUAUGUUACAGUACAAUUUUCAUAGCUGUAGUAUUUGGUAAGGGGGUGUUAGUGUUGGACAGUCACAUAGAAGACACUGAGAAAGGAGUGAGUAUUUUUAGAAAGGAACGGAAUGCCACUGUGAGAUCCUGUGUGUGUGGCCUAGUGUAGUGGUGGGCACUAGCUGGUAUGCCGGGCAUCCUGGGAACUCCUCUAGUCAGUCACCCCUAGAGCCGUCUCUCUCUCUCGCUCGCUCGCUCGCUCGCUCUCUCAAUUAAAUUCAAAGGGCUUUAUUGGCAUGGGAAACAUAUGUUAACAUUGCCAAAACAAGUGUAAUAGAUAAUAAACAAAAGUGAAAUAAACAAUAAAAAAUUAACAGUAAACAUUACACUCACAAAAGUUCCAAAGGAAUAGAGACAUUUCAAAUGUCAUAUUAUUUAUAUAUACAGUGUUGUAACGAGGUGCAAAUAGUUAAAGUACAAAAGGGAAAAUAAAUAAACACAAAUAUGGGUCUCUCUCUCUCUCUCUCUCUGAAUGGAUCAUAUAUCACUUCACUUGUUGUGAUAUUGCAUCAGCUGUCAGAUAUAAGCUUUAUGAUCUUUGCUAGGCCUAAUAACUAAUAAACUAAUACAAUAUGUCUGGACAGGUUAUAGAAUAGGAAACUAAUACAAUAUGUCUGGACAGGGUAUAGAAUAGGAAACUAAUACAAUAUGUUUCUGGACAGGUUCUAGAUAGGAAACUAACAAUAUUUCUGGACGGGUAUAGAAUAGGAACAAACAAUUGUCUGGACAGGAUAGAGACUAGAAACUACUACAUAUUCUGGCAGGAAUAUAGAAUAGGAAACUAAUACAAUAUGUCGGACAGGUUAGAAUAGGAACUGAUACACUAUGUCUGGAAGGGUAUAGAAUAGAAACUAACAUUAAUGUCCUGGACAGGGUAUAAAUAGAAACUAAUACAUAACGUCUGCCAGGGUAUAGAAUAGAAACUAAUGACCAUAUGUCCUGGACAGUGUAUAAUAGGAAACUAAUACAAUAAUGUCCUGGAACAGUGUAUAGAAUAGGAAACUAAUACAAUAUCUGACAGGAUAAGAAUGGAACCUAAUACAUAUGUCUGUACAAUUAUAAAUAGGUAAACUAAUACAAUAUGGUCGGACAGGUUUUUUUAGAAUAAGGAAACUGAUACACUAUGUCUGGACAGGGUAUAGAAUAGGAAACUAAUACACUAUGUCUGGACAGGGUAUAGAAUAGGAAACUAAUACAAUAUGUCUGGACAGGGUAUAGAAUAGGAAACUAAUACCAUAUGUCUGGACUGUCAUGAGCACUCUCUCUCCCUGGUAGCAACAUUAAUUGCAUUCAAUUCUCUGCCACUCUGCUCACUCUCUCCCUACUCUGCCUAACGAGCUCCACCUGGCUCCGCCCUGCUCUGCUCUUGUUACCUGGCCAGCUGCACUGCAUUUCCCACUCACCAUCCUCACCUUGCCUCACUCUGUUCUAAUUACUCUGCCAGCUGAACUGCAUUUCCCCACUAACCUCUCCCAGUAUAUCAAGCCCUGUUUUUCAGCCAAGCCCUGUCAGAUCGUCUUCAAACCCGGACCAGUAACCUGCCUGUCUGCGCUCUGACUCCUGUUUGUGAUACCGAUCCUUUCUUGACUGCCUCCUUGUUCUACUGCCCCGUCUAUCCCGACCUGCCUUCUGGACCUCGACUACUCUCCGAUCUUCAGCCCCUCCGGUCUCCGACCACCAGAUGAGCGUGCCCAGACGCUUCACCACCCUCAGCCCGAUACGCCGCUCCAUCACUGGGGAACACACACACUAAGCACUUGGACUGGACACCCCCGGACAUUUGGUGACCCCCGGAGCACAGGUACCCACAGGACCCUGAAAGACCCCAGAGCCCCAAGCACCCCUGGAACCCCUGACACCCCUGGCACUCCUCUUCCCGCCUGAAACCUUCAAUAAAGAACUCUGAAUUUGAACUUGCGCUCUUGGGUCCUCUUCUGUCCGUGACAGAACGAUCUGACCAUCAUGGACCCAGCGCACUCCCUGACCACGAUGGAAGAAGAGCCAGAGAUGACUGCCCUACAGCGACUGGAACGCUCUGAGGGAGACAUAAAUCGGAUGGCUGGCGACAUCGCUUCCCUUCUCCAGCUAUUCAACCAGCAGCAACAACAGUUCCAACUGCAGCAACAAACAGCUAGCCCAAGCCCUGCAACUACUCUCAAACCCGGCUACUCCACCUGCACCCCCCCCUGGUCCUUCUGUUCCUGUACCACCGACACUCCUUCAUCCCUCCGCUGGAGGUCCCAAUGCUGCAGGCCCGGCAGUGCUGCCACCAGAUCCCCACGCUCCUGAACCAAAGAUUGGGAACCCGGAACGUUUUGAUGGCAACCAGAAGCAAGUAAGACCAUUCUUGAGCAGCUGCCGAAUCCAGUUUGCACUACAGCCCAGGACUUUCUCAACAGAGGGAGCCAAGGUGGGGUAUGUCAUCACACAUCUCACCGGUCGAGCUCGGUUGUGGGGAACGGCGGAAUUCGACCGGCAAACCCCAGCCUGUGCCUCCUUCAGUGCCUUUGAGGAGGAGAUGUUAAAGGUCUUUGACCUAGGCUCGCCAACAGCCGAAGCGUCACAAGCUCUGCUCACCAUCCGUCAGGGCAAUCGGACAGUGGCAGACUUCUCCAUUGACUUUCGUACCCUGGCCAGUCAAAGCUCGUUUAACCCAGAGGCACUGGUGCAAGCCUUCCUCCAUAGCCUGGCGGACUAUAUCAAAGACGAGCUUGUUUCCCAUGACCCGCCCUCAACGCUUGAUGCCGCCAUUGACCUUGCCGUCCGCAUUGACCGCCGUAUACAGACCCGGAGGAGGGAGAAGGGCCGUCUCAGUCAACCUGCCAUCCGCACUCGGGUCGAUACCGCUUCUGUCCAGCCCCUGCCUGUCAAGUCCCAUAGCCAACUCAAUCAGCCUGAGCCCAUGGAGAUUGGCCGUGCCUCUCUGACUCCCGAGGAGCGUCGGCGCCGUCUAAGCUCCAACCUUUGCCUCUACUGUGGUGGCGAAAAUCACCGUGUCGCCACUUGUCCGGCAAAAGCCGCAGCUCACCAGGUGUAGGGGAGAUCCGGGUGAGCUCAACAAGCCUUCAGUCUCCCUCCAUCCGAAAGACCCUGCUUCAUCUCCGCCUUCAGCUUUCUGACAAGACUCAUACAUUGGCCGCCCUUGUGGAUUCCGGAGCCGAAGCAAACAUCAUGGACCCUGAGCUUGCACAGCAACUGGGCGUGAACCAUCAUCAACUGACACAACCCAUUCCUGCACGAGCCCUGGAUGGGCAUCAUCUUGGCACUGUCACUCAUAUCUCCGCCCCUGUGACAAUCCUGCUGUCAGGAAACCACCAGGAGUCCAUCCAGUUUCACCUCCUACACUCACCUGGCCAACCACUCAUUCUUGGAUACCCGUGGCUCCGUCAGCACAACCCCCACAUCGACUGGGAGACAGGAACAGUCCGUGAGUGGGGAAGGAGUUGUCACCAGACCUGUUUAAGGGGGGCCACCCUGCCCGUUCACCGGGAAAGAUCUAGCGCUACCCCCGACAUAUCCAAUGUUCCGGCCUGUUACCACAGCCUGAAAGAGGUGUUCAACAAAUCCAAGGCGACAUCUCUACCCCCACACAGACCCUAUGACUGCGCGAUUGAUCUCCUGCCUGGCACAGCACCUCCCAAGGGUCGUCUGUAUUCACUGUCAGCCCCGGAAAGAAAGGCCAUGGAGGACUACAUUAAUGACUCUCUUGCCGCCGGGAUAAUUAGACCGUCAUCUUCCCCCGCAGGAGCGGGAUUCUUCUUUGUCGGCAAGAAGGACGGUUCUCUUCGUCCAUGCAUAGAUUACCGGGGUCUGAACGACAUCACGGUUAAGAAUCGCUACCCACUGCCCUUACUUUCGUCUGCCUUCGAACUGCUGCAGGGAGCCACUGUAUUCACAAAGCUGGACCUUCGCAAUGCCUACCAUCUGGUGCGGAUGAGGGAGGGAGACGAAUGGAAGACAGCGUUCAACACACCAACCGGCCACUAUGAAUAUCUCGUCAUGCCCUUCGGCCUCACCAAUGCCCCAGCAGUUUUUCAAGCCCUAGUGAAUGAUAUCCUCAGGGACAUGCUAAAUACGUUCGUAUUUGUGUACCUUGACGAUAUUUUAAUAUUCUCAAAGACUCUGUCAGAACACACGCACCACGUCCAGUUGGUCCUGCGCCGCCUGCUGGAGAACUCUCUUUUCGUGAAGGCAGAGAAGUGCGAGUUCCAUGCCAAAACCGUUUCAUUCCUGGGGUAUGUGGUGACCGAGGGCAGCAUUCAGAUGGAUCUCACGAAGGUGUCGGCUGUCACUUCCUGGCCAGUUCCUGAGUCUCGGAAAAAGUUGCAACAGUUCCUGGGCUUUGCCAACUUUUAUAGGAGAUUCAUCAGAAACUAUAGCACAGUGGCUGCACCCCUCACGGCGCUAACCAGCACUAAACAACCGUACCAAUGGACAUCAGCUGCUGAUAAGGCCUUCAAUAUCCUCAAGACAUGUUUCACUUCUGCUCCCAUCCUCCAGAUGCCAGAUGCAGCAAGGCAGUUUGUGGUGGAGGUAGAUGCUUCGGACGUGGGAGUGGGUGCAGUGCUUUCUCAAAGAGCAGCUGAGGAUGGCAAGAUGCACCCCUGUGCCUUCUACUCCCGUCGGCUAACCCCUGCCGAAUGCAACUACGACAUUGGGAACCGCGAGCUGUUGGCUGUCAAGCUCGCCCUUGAAGAAUGGCGGCACUGGUUAGAGGGGUCAAAGGAACCAUUCGUAGUGUGGACAGACCACAAGAACCUGGAGUAUAUCCAAACAGCCAGGAGGCUGAACUCCCGUCAACAGCGGUGGUCUCUGUUCUUUACGCGCUUCAAUUUCACGCUCUCCUACCGCCCGGGAUCUCGCAACAUCAAACCUGAUGCUCUUUCCCGGAUGUUUCAGAAGGACGAGACCACCGCCAUGACAGCCCCCAUUCUUCCCAGCCACUUGGUCGUAGCGGCCCUCACCUGGGAGAUCGAGAAGCAGGUCAUGGAGGCUCUUCGGGACCAGCCAGGUCCAAGCACCAGCGCCCCCAACCGUCUGUUUGUUCCAGCAAAUCUCAGGUCACCUGUGAUUCAGUGGGGGCACGAAUCCCGUCUGGCCUGUCAUCCCGGCAUCACUCGCACCCUUCAUCUGGUCCGCCAGCGGUUCUGGUGGCGGCGGAUGAGACGGGAGGUCCGAGAAUUCAUCCGAGCUUGUCCCACUUGUAACCGAAACAAGACCCCCAACCAGCCUCCUGCUGGGCUGCUGCAACCCCUACUCAUACCCAAGAGGCCCUGGUCCCACGUUUCACUGGACUUUGUUACGGGCCUUCCGCCCUCUGACGGACACACAGUCAUCCUUACCAUUGUUGACCGCUUUAGUAAGAUGACCCACUUCGUGCCCCUUCCCAAACUACCCUCUGCUAAAGAGACCUCCCAGGUGGUCCUGGAACAUGUGUUUCGUAUCCAUGGCCUACCCCAGGAUAUAGUGUCAGACCGGGGCCCGCAAUUCUCAGCAACCUUUUGGAAGGAGUUCUGUCAUCUCCUUGGGGCCACCGCCAGCCUAUCGUCUGGAUUCCACCCGCAGUCAAACGGCCAGACUGAACGCAUGAACCAGGAGCUGGAGAAGGCACUGAGGUGUGUGGCUUCCCAAAAUCCCCGGGCCUGGGCUCAACACCUGCUCUGGGUGGAAUAUGCCCAUAAUUCACUCACCAGUUCCUCCACCGGGCUCUCCCCCUUUCAGUGUGUCUACGGGUAUCAACCUCCACUGUUUGCCAGCCAGGAGGCGGAUGCCACCUGUCCGUCUGCUCUUGCGUAUGCCCGCCGCUGCCGCCGCACUUGGGCCCAGGCUCGCACUGUGCUCCUGAAGUCUGGAACCAGCUACGCCGUCGGUGCCAACCGACGGAGGACCCCAGCACCUACUUACCGGGUUGGUCAGAAGGUCUGGCUGUCUGCCCGGGAUCUGCCGCUGCGGGUUGAAUCACGAAAGCUGGCCCCUCGCUUCAUUGGUCCUUUUCCUGUGCAGAAAGUCAUCAGUCCAACGGCGGUCCGACUUCAGUUGCCCGCUUCCAUGCGGGUCCACCCCACCUUCCACGUCUCCAAGGUCAAGCCGGUCCAUGAAAGUCCCCUGGUCCCUGCAGCUCCGGCGCCACCUCCUCCGCGCCUCGUAGAUGGCGGUCCUGUCUUCACCGUCCGGCGGCUGCUCCGCUCUAGGCGAAGGGGUAGGGGUCUCCAGUACCUCGUUGACUGGGAGGGAUAUGGUCCAGAGGAGAGGACCUGGAUCCCGGCCAGGAGGAUAGUGGACCGGACCCUUAUCACUGACUUCCACCGACUACAUCCUGAUCAGCCUGCAAUCCGUAGGGGCCGUCCAAGAGGGGUUCCUAGCCGUCCUGCCCGCCCUGCUUCCUGUCCUGUGCCUGACCCUGCUCCUGUCUCAGUGCCUGUCCUGUCUCCCGACCGUGACCCUCCAGCUCCUUCUGAGGAUGAGGAGAUUCACUCGGACCGCUCGGAGGAGUUCUGACCCGCCGCCUGCUCCCCUCCACCCUCCCGGCAUGAUGUUGUUCUUGGGACUUCUGGGGCCGUCCCUUGGAGGGGGGGGUCCUGUCAUGAGCACUCUCUCUCCCUGGUAGCAACAUUAAUUGCAUUCAAUUCUCUGCCACUCUGCUCACUCUCUCCCUACUCUGCCUAACGAGCUCCACCUGGCUCCGCCCUGCUCUGCUCUUGUUACCUGGCCAGCUGCACUGCAUUUCCCACUCACCAUCCUCACCUUGCCUCACUCUGUUCUAAUUACUCUGCCAGCUGAACUGCAUUUCCCCACUAACCUCUCCCAGUAUAUCAAGCCCUGUUUUUCAGCCAAGCCCUGUCAGAUCGUCUUCAAACCCGGACCAGUAACCUGCCUGUCUGCGCUCUGACUCCUGUUUGUGAUACCGAUCCUUUCUUGACUGCCUCCUUGUUCUACUGCCCCGUCUAUCCCGACCUGCCUUCUGGACCUCGACUACUCUCCGAUCUUCAGCCCCUCCGGUCUCCGACCACCAGAUGAGCGUGCCCAGACGCUUCACCACCCUCAGCCCGAUACGCCGCUCCAUCACUGGGGAACACACACACUAAGCACUUGGACUGGACACCCCCGGACAUUUGGUGACCCCCGGAGCACAGGUACCCACAGGACCCUGAAAGACCCCAGAGCCCCAAGCACCCCUGGAACCCCUGACACCCCUGGCACUCCUCUUCCCGCCUGA